GGAGUGAAUGAACCAUGGAACGAAGGAAGAAAAGAGAGAGAGGGAGGGACUGUGGUGUACGUCAGUAGUUGUGACUCUCAUAUAAGUGGCUGCAGAGGCAGAGAGAGCUAGAGACCAGACAGACCGAAAGAAGGCUGUAUUAUAUGAGACUUUUACAAAUGCAGGAAUGUUCUAUAGCCUAGACGGAGGACUGUUUUCAGCUGUCGUGUAGCUGCCUGUCUCUGUCCUACAGACCUCACUGCCAAGGGUGGAACCUGAGAGCUAACUCUGGAUCUGGGCUAGCUGCUCAGUAGCUAACUGGUUCCGGCUUGGACGUCACUGGACAUUUUUUUGGGCUCUUCAUUUGGCCAGGACUGCAGGCUUUUGCAGCUCUCUUAGUGGGGUGUGGACUGUACAAACAGAGAGAGAUAGAGAAGAGAAAAGGGGAAUUUGAAGAGGGGAAUAGAAGAGGAGGAAGUAAGGGAAACGGGAAAAAAAUAAAUAUUUUUUUGUGGGAACGAGAUCUCCCUCAACCCUCACGCUGGGGAAGGCGGCGCAACCCCCCCACACCUGUCAUCUUCAUCCCGGCCCCUCCUCACAAACUCUGACCUCCCGCAUUAUCAGGUGGAAAGGCCUCUGCCUCCCUGCCCUUCCCAUCAUGCACCUCAAGACCACCAAGUGUAACGCCUUCUGCCUGGUUGCCUCGGUGACCAACCAGGAAGUGUUUGACAGGCCUGAGUCCCGGGCCAGUUUUGAGUCUCUGUUCCGCUCCUUCGACCCGGACGUAAACUUCCAGUUCUUUAAGAGUUUCCGGCGUGUGAGAAUCAACUUCAGCGAUGCGCUGGCCGCCGCUGAGGCACGGCUCCGACUGCACAAGAGCGACUUCAACGGCAAAGAGAUGCGCCUCUACUUCGCACAGUCCGUCCUCAUAGGCAGUCCCCGCCUGGAGCCCCCUAAACCAGACAAACAGUUCCUGAUCUCCCCCCCAGCCUCGCCACCGGUGGGGUGGCAGCAGGCCCCGGACGCCGUGCCCGUCAUCAACUACGACCUUCUCUGUGCCAUCUCCAAACUAGGGCCAGGUGAGAAGUACGAGCUGCACACCGGCACCCCCACCACCCCCAGCGUAGUGGUCCACGUGUGUGAGAACGAGCAGGACAGCUCGGGGGGCGAAGACGACACAGAAGGAAGCACCAGCAGCAGCAACCGCCCCCCUCGCCCCAAAAUCAUCCAGACACGGCGUCCGGACAUCACCCCCGGCGUCAUGCAGUGAGCGGCAGAGAGAGGGGGCGCUCUAACAUCCACAAAGCAUGUCUCCCACAUCUGCCUCUCAGAAGUCAAUGACAACCUGGCCCUGGGAGGAUGCUGUUGGGACAUGUAAUACAUCCUCUCUAACACUAGGGGGAGUCGCCUCUCAAAGCCCUGCCUUUUCAUGGAGAGAGAGAGAGAGAGAGAAAGGAAAAGAGAGCGAGAGACAUUCAUCUCUUAUCAUUUCACAUUUAAUGUUCUCUUUCGUCCUCCAUUUGGAACAAUAUUAGACACUUGAGAAAAAAGAGAAGUAGAUAGAGAAUAAAGAGCAAGUGAUGUUUUGAAUA